GACGUCAGCACGCCGGGCGCGGUAGACUAUAAAAGCCUCGUGGCCAUUGUGUGCGCUACUCUUAUCGGUGCCAAACCCAGUUGUUAUCGUGUGCAAGACGCCGCACGACCCCGCGCCCGCUUGUCGCCACUGCACUUGAGGCAGCCGGAGAUACUCUGAGUUCCCCGGAGCCGGACGCCUGAGGGUGAGAUGAACGCACUGGCCUCCCUAACCGUCCGGACCCGCGAUCGCUUCUGGCAGACCGAGCCGGCGCUCCUGCCCCCGGGGUGACGCGCAACCCCCAGCCACCCAGACACAUGGCCCCAGGCCAAGCACUCCAUCAGGCUACCCCAUGGAGGGAUGCCCACCCUUUCUGCCUCCUGUCCCCAGUGAUGGGCCUCCUCAGCCGAGCCUGGAGCCGCCUGAGGGGCCUGGCACCUCCAGAGCCCUGGCUGGUGGAAGCAGUAAAAGGAGCAGCUCUGGUAGAAGCUGGCCUGGAGGGAGAAGCUAGGACUCCUCUGGCAACCCCCCACACCCCUUGGGGCAGACACCCUGAAGAGGAGGCUGAAGAUGGUGGAGGCCCUGGAGAGGACAGAGAAACACUAGGCCUGAAAACCAGCAGUUCCCUUCCUGAAGCCUGGGGACUUUUGGAUGAUGAUGAUGACAGGUAUAGUGAGCGAGAAGCAACCAGUGUCCCUAGAGGGCAGGGAAGUCAAUUUGCAGAUGGCCAGCGUGCUCCCCUGUCUCCCAGCCCUCUGAUAAGGACCCUGCAAGGUUCUGAUAAGAACCCAGGGGAGGAGAAAGCUGAGGAAGAGGGAGUUGCUGAAGAGGAGGGAGUUAACAAGUUCUCUUAUCCACCAUCACACCGGGAGUGUUGUCCAGCAGUGGAGGAGGAGGACGAUGAAGAAGCUGUAAAGAAAGAAGCUCGCAGAGCUUCUACUUCUGCCUUUUCUCCAGGAUCCAAGCCCAGCACUUGGGCGUCUUGCCCAGGGGAGGAAGAGAAUCAAGCCACGGAGGACAAAAGAAGAACAGAAAGAAGUAAAGGAGCCAGGAAGACCUCCGUGUCCCCCCCAUCUUCAGGCUCUGACCCCAGGUCCUGGGAGUAUCGUUCAGGAGAGGCGUCCGAGGAGAAGGAGGAAAAGGCACACGAAGAAGCUGGGAAAGGAGAAGCUGCUCCAGGGCCGCACUCCUCAGCCCCAGCCCAGAGGCCCCAGCUCAAGUCCUGGUGGUGCCAACCCAGUGAUGAAGAGGAGGGUGAGGUCAAGGCUUUGGGGGCAGCUGAGAAGGAUGGCGAAGCUGAGUGUCCUCCCUGCAUCCCCCCGACAAGUGCCUUCCUGAAGGCCUGGGUGUAUUGGCCAGGAGAGGACACAGAGGAAGAGGAAGAUGAGGAAGAAGAUGAGGAAGAAGAUGAGGACAGUGACUCUGGAUCAGAUGAGGAAGAGGGAGAAGCUGAGGCUUCCUCUUCCACUCGUGCUACAGGUGUCUUCUUGAAGUCCUGGGUGUAUCGACCAGGAGAGGACACGGAGGAGGAGGAAGCUGAGGACGGUGAUACAGGAUCAGCUGAGGAUGAAAGAGAAGCUGAGAUUUCCACUUCCACGCCCCCUGCAAGUGCUUUCUUGAAGGCCUGGGUCUAUCAGCCAGGAGAGGACACGGAGGAGGAGGAGGAAGCUGAGGACAGUGAUACAGGAUCAGCAGAGGAUGAAAGAGAAGCUGAGACUUCUGCUUCCACACCCCCUGCAAGUGCUUUCUUGAAGGCCUGGGUGUAUCGGCCAGGAGAGGACACGGAGGAGGAGGAAGAUGAGGAUGCAGAUAGUGAGGGUAAGGAAGAUGAUUCAGAAGCAGCCGUGGGAGAAGCUGAGUCAGACCCACAUCCCUCCCACCUGGACCAGAGUGUCCACUUCAGGGGCUGGGUAUAUCGACCUAGAAAGGAGACAGAGGAAGAGGAAGCUGCUGAGGACUGGGGAGAAGCUGAGCCCUGCCCCUUCCGAGUGGCCAUCUAUGUACCUGGAGAGAAGCCACCGCCUCCCUGGGCUCCUCCUAGGCUGCCCCUCCAACUGCAAAGGCGGCUCAAGCGCCCAGAAACCCCUACUCAUGAUCCAGACCCUGAGACUCCCCUAAAGGCCAGAAAGGUGCACUUCUCCGAGAAGGUCACUGUCCAUUUCCUGGCUGUCUGGGCAGGGCCGGCCCAGGCCGCCCGCCAGGGCCCCUGGGAGCAGCUUGCUCGGGAUCGCAGCCGCUUCGCACGCCGCAUCGCCCAGGCCCAGGAGGAGCUGAGCCCCUGCCUCACCCCUGCUGCCCGGGCCAGAGCCUGGGCACGCCUCAGGAACCCACCUUUAGCCCCCUUCCCUGCCCUCACCCAUACCUUGCCUUCCUCCUCUGUCCCUUCGCCCCCAGUCCAGACCACGCCCUUGAGCCAAGCUGUGGCCACACCCUCCCGCUCCUCUCCCGGUGCAGCAGCGGCUCCCCUGGACCUCAGUGGGAGGCGUGGCUAAGACCAACUGGUUUGCCUAUAAUUUAUUAACUAUUUAUUUUUUCUAAGUGUGGGUUUAUAUAAGGAAUAAAGCCUUUUGAUUUGUA